AUGCCCUCUAUGCCCUUUGAAAAAAAUGUCUUCAAUUUUCACUCAGGUGUUGCAAGCGCUGGGAGAAACUCUGGCCGGCGGAAACAUGCUACCGCUCCAUCUACUUCAGCCUGCUCUGAUGGGCCCCCCUUGCCAUCCUGCUUGGAUAUCUCCUUGUCUGCGCCCUCGCCAGGCUCUGGGUCGUCAUUCGCCAUCUGGUGGCUUGUCUGGAGCGGCCAGGGUCUCCUCUGCUCCGGCGCCCUCCUCCACUUCUCCACCCCCGGCACUCAAGAAUCAGCCACAUCCAGUUCAUUGCCCUCAUCCCUCUUCAACGUCCAGUGGCCCAAGUUCAACUCGCCCACCCCUCACCCCAUCCUGCAAGAGCAUCGCCCCAACCCGCGUGCCCGGACCGUCCAGACAACGGCGGACCACAGCCUCAAUAAGACCUUGGACGGCGUAGGCGUCGGCGCGGUCAACAUGUAUCUUGUUGUCUUCAGGGACAUCUCCUUCCAUUUUGAGAACUUACACAAACACAUCAACCGUGUCAAGGAACAAAUACAUAGCUUCAGCACCGACACCGGCCACGUCUCUCCGUGUACGUUGCAAUCCCCCUCCCUUCUUAUGACUGCCGAGAUUCUGAGAGAGACGGACAUGUACACAGAUUGGAUAACGUACGUACUGAUGGACUCGAUCGUGGAUGAUUUUUUCCUGGUGCUCGAGUUGAUCGAGGCGGAGACAGACAAGAUGGAGGAGUACCUACUGGCGGACUCAUUAGGUCUGAAGAUGCAGGAGUCUCAAGGAGUGGGGGAAAGGCAAAGACACCGGCGAGGGCAGCGAGGGCGUGUGAAGGAAGGUGGGGGAGGAGGUGGGGGUAGUAACAGCAGUGAGACAGGCGGCGGGAGCGGGGGGGCAGCAGAGCAGCUGAAGUCGGAAGCUAUGAUUGAGCGCGCUCGGAUGCUGAAUCGGAUCACGACCAACCACAGACUUGUUGUCUCCCUUGCCCACCUCAUUGCGCAGAAACACCAGACCGUUGAGGCCCUCCAGAAGCGCAUGAGUGUCGAUGGCUUUGUUGGCCCAACGGGUGGGGGGGAGGGCUCGGGCGGGAGAGGCGUAGGGCCGGUCAAUGGAGAUUGGGCUCUACCUGGGCAAACUGCAAGAGGGGGUGGCGAGACAGACCAUAUCGUUGGGCUGAGCCAGGCGCUCUCGUUCUACGACACUCUACUCUUGAAUGCCCAUUUGGCCUACCUGGGCAUCCUCCGCGUUGGCCUGCACUUGGCCAAGCAAGCCCAAGACUUCAUCAUCAUCCGUCUCUACCUCAUCACGCUCAUUGUCCUGCCCAUGCACACGCUCCACAAGGCUCUCCUCCACACCGCCCCCCAAACCGCUCAGCACCCCAUGCUACAAUGGAUCACCAGCCCUCCAGGCGGCUUUUCAAUCAACAUCUCACCCUGA